UACCGCUCGGCAGCAUGAAUAUUCCACUAGAUGCCGCAUGUGCCACGGGGCUUUGCUAUCUUUUGGCCCCAGCGGGCUGGCAGCCAGUCACAACAAUCGUGCUCAUACUUCUGUUCACUAGCCGUAACACUGUGCAGCCUUUCCUGGCAGCUCCAAGUGUUUUGCCCAGAUGUGUAGCGCUAUCACUUGAGAAGGCCAUCGAGCUCUCUAUUUUGGAGUAUAUUGCAUGGCUUAUCAGCUGCUCAGUUAUCCUGUAUUCAACUCACUUACUUUGGGAGAAACUCAUCAUGGUUGUCCCCGUCCUCGCCUUUUCUGGAUGCAUCAUCUCGCGAUGGGUAAUUCCCCGCCAUCGUUGGUCACAAAGCGAGAUUCAUGUGCCGGCGCGAGAUGUAUUUGUCAGAUUUGGUGACAACCACCCAGAUUUACUGUCUUUGGACCACCCGUUAUCUAAACUCGUCGUGAAUACAAAAAAUGAGCUCGCAAAAGCCCAUUCCCUCCUUCGCUCUUUUGCUGCUGCCUCUGUGGAUAUACACGGGCCUCUCGAUAUUACCUGGGCUGUCCAAAAAUACUCCCGCCUCAUCAGCAAUCGACAGUCACAAAUCAUUCGGUUCGUGUCUCCUCUGCGAUUCAAUCCGGCUAGUCCAAUCUUCCCCCCUCCUCUUGGCCCGCGCUAUGCAAUGCUUCAUAAUGAAGCAGACGUUCUUGAAAUCCCAUGGCUAUCGUCGCACAUUCCUAGUGCAAUAUGGAUUGAUAGACGAUUAGCAAACAUGUGGGAAGAUGAAAGACGAACUGAACUUCCACCACCCCCGGGGUAUAAUGGUCAAUGUGAUCUUUUCCUCAAAGCCACCAUUUGUCAUGAGAUGUUGAAAGAAAUCCUUUUGAACGUCGAGAAGACCGGACACCUUCCAAAUGUUGAUUAAACUUGUACUGAUAUCACGGAGGAAUAUGGAUCAUGCCCAUUGAAUAUCCCAUCAUCUAUAUGGUUGGCGAUAGCGAUCAGUUGUAGGUAUUUGGAGCCCGAUAAGAUACUGAACUCUCUAUACUUCUAUAUAUUUCCCUUGCUUUUCGG